AUGUCAAAUUCAAGCAGCAAAACUGCUCAUAUCCUUAUGAUCCCGUUCCCAGCCUCCGGUCACAUUCUUCCUCUUCUUGACUUGACUCACCAGCUAGCCAUUAGAGGCCUUCAAACGACCAUAUUUAUCACUCCCAAAAAUCUUUAUUAUCUGAACCCUCUUCUUUCUCUUCAUCCCUCCAUUCAAACCCUUGUUUUACCCUUCCCUUCUAACCCUUCAAUCCCUAAUGGCGUUGAGAAUAUGCAAGAUCUCACUGCAGAUUAUAUACCUCAACUAGUUGCUGCUUUGAGAGAGCUCUGUGAUCCUAUUUCUCAUUGGUUUCAAACUCACCCUUCUCCUCCUGUUGCUAUCAUCUUCGAUGUUCUUAUGAGUUCGUUUGCUCAUCGUUUGGUUCCGAAUUCGGACGUCAAACGCAUCGGCUUUAGUCCGAUUAAUGCGAAUGCUUUGUAUUCUUAUGAUAUAAGAAACGCCAACGAUUUUUUUAAGGAAACACAUAUCAAAAACCAGCAAAGCUGGGGACUGGUUUUUAAUUCAUUUACUGAGCUAGAGAGCGAGAAAUUUGAUUUAUUAGUUAAACGGUUCAUGAAGCAUGAUCGUGUUUGGGGUGUGGGGCCUUUGGUUCCGAUCAAAGCUGGUCCAGAACGAGGAGGGGCAAGCUCAAUCCCAACAGACGAGGUGAUGACAUGGCUUGAUUCGUGCCACGUGGAUAAAUCAGUGGUGUAUGUGGGAUUUGGAAGUCAGAUCACAUUGAACAAGCUCCAAAUGGAAGCUUUAGGUGAGGCACUGGAGAAGAGUGAAGUCAAAUUUAUAUGGGUUGUGAAAGAUCCACGGAAAGGAGGAAAAGAAGGUGAUCAGAGCAUUGUUCCGGUUGGAUUUGAAGAUCGUGUGGGGGGAGUUGUGAUAAGAGGAUGGGCUCCACAAGCAAUGAUACUUAAUCAUCGAGCGGUUGGAUCAUACUUGACUCAUUUGGGAUGGGGCUCUGUUCUUGAGGGUCUAUUGGGAGAGGUUUUAUUGCUGGCAUGGCCAAUGCAAGCUGAUCAUUUCUUUAACGCAAAACAACUUGUGGAUGAAUUGGGUGUAGCUAUUAGAGUUUGUGAGGGAUUGAGUACGAUUCCUGACUCAACGAAUCUUGCUCAAAUCUUGAAAGAGUCAGUAAGUGAGAAUCGACCUGAAAGAAUUUCAUUUAUGAAGCUACGUGAGAAAGCUUUAAAUGCUAUCAAUGAGGGUGGGAGUUCUUACAAGGCUUUAGAUGAUUUAGCUAGAGUCAUUUCUGGCUUAUGCCUUUGA